CGAUUAUACCCUGCAAAAGAACAUGCUAUACGCGUCUUGUACAAGGAACCCAAAACUUUCAUUUUUCUCCGCUCAUCUAUGUGGCAUACCGUGGCGUUCGGACAAUCACAGUCGUUUCGGGCCAUCUUGCGAUCCCUCAAGGUGUCGAGUGCGGGCGCGAGCUCGUCGCGUGUGUGCGGGCGACCGCCCGGGACGACCAGGGUUGUAGUGGCAUCAGCGGUGGUCUCGUUUACGGGCUUAUGGCCCGGCGCAGUCUCAUGCAGUGGCUUCCGCGGACGGGAGUACACGGGGUCCGGCCGGGACGGGCAGUCAUUGCUGUCGGGCGCAAGCUCGUCCUCAUAGGGACUGGGGAGAGGUCCGGCAUCCGUUGCACAUGCAACAUCGACAUCGCCGCAGGUAGAAGUGGCGGAGUUGGAUGAGAGGCUCGGCGGGUGAUCGUGCUUCCGGCGGGGACCUGAAAGCGCUGGAGCAACUUCUCGUUAGAGAGAUUGAUAGAGCGACCCGUGAGGUGGAAGCUUUUUAGAAGUGCCCACAGAAUGCCAGGGCUUAGUGAGUCAGAAGCCAACGAGUUGCGGAACGCGAUACCAUACGCAGCAGAGAAAUACCUGCGUAAACAUCUGUCAUGGAAGUAUCAGUACGCCAAGGAUAAAACUAUAUUCCUGGAACGGAUUGUGGAGGAGCUGCCGGUCUUGCGGCGGUACACAAACGCAUGGCCCGCGGAGGCAUGCAUGCGCGAGUAUCUGGCCCGGCACAAUCAAAGAGCUCACGGGACUCAGAGAUCUGGACCGGUCGUGAUGUCUGCCAGCCACGGUACCCCUUCCGCCGAGAGUCGCAAUGCAGCGCAGCCUCAGGUGUCAGCGCCACCUAGAGAAGAAUUGCAGACCCCCAGGAGACCAGCACCUGUGGUGUCUCCCGUGGUUCACUCCAACUUCAACCCGUCUGGAGCCCCGAAGGAUAAGGCGUUCAUGCGGGCUUUUCUCCGGUCAACUCGCCCUGCGACGGACAAUCUUAUGUCCGUCUUCAUUAGCCAUGGUGUUAUUGACGGUGUGUGCCUGAGCGUGCUGGCAGAGCUGUCGGACGCGGAACAGAAAGAGUUCCUUCGGGAUGAUCUAGGGCUCAAUGCAAUGCAAGCCCUGAGCAUCCGACUCGCGUUGCGCGACAUGUAACUUUUGUAAAACAAGUUAAAAUUGAAUUCGAG